AUGGCGACCACGAGAGAGCUCUCUUCCUCCACUCUUUUCAGAGAUUAUUAUGAUUAUGAUGAUAAUGAUGAUGAAGUAUGGGUGACACAUUAUUCAUCGAACCAUGAAAUUCUUCUCGUCGGCGAAGGAGACUUCUCUUUCUCUUGCAGCUUAGCCACUCGCUUCCGCUCUGCUUCCAAUAUCUGCGCUUCCUCUCUCGAUUCCUACGCAGAUGAAGUGGUUAGAAAGUAUAAGAAGGCAAGAUCAAACCUUGCAACUUUGAAGAGGCUUGGAGCUUCCCUCUUACAUGGACUUGAUGCUACUAAACUCCAACUACAUCCUCAUCUCAACUCCAGAAGAUUUGACCGUAUCAUCUUCAACUUCCCUCACGCCGGCUUCCACGGCAAAGAGACUGAUUCAAAACUAAUCAAGAAGCAUAGAGAACUGGUGUUUGGAUUCCUCCAUGGUGCAGCCCAUUUGGUAAGAGCUGAUGGAGAAAUCCAUGUCUCUCACAAGAACAAAGCUCCUUUUUGUCACUGGAAGCUUGAAGAGCUCGCUAGCAGAUGUUCUCUUGUGUUGAAACAAUGCGUGGCGUUUGAGAAGAGCGAGUACCCUGGUUAUGAGAAUAAGAGAGGAGAUGGGUCUAGGUGUGACAAGCCUUUCCCUUUGGGAGAGUGCACUACUUUCAAGUUCAGAGUCUCUCGUGUGGCUAAGGAGAUUUAUGCUGAGAAGGUUAGAUGGAGAGAAAUGAAGGAACGAGAAUCAAAGUGUCACCAAGCUGAUCUUCUCAUGUAUCCUUUCCAGCCACAAACACAAUGUCAAGGUGUUAGCCAAGGACCAGUACUUUCAUUUGAUCUCAGUUAUCACCAGGACCAUAGCCUUAGGCAAGUGCAUGAUCCUUUGGUUCAGUCAAGACAAUUGAGAACAUCUCCACUGGAUCUUGGUUAUUACCGAGAACUUAGAUGUUCACAGUUUGAAGAUGCUAGCUCUAUUCGAGAAACUCAAAGACCAGCUUCGUUUGCUCUUGAAAGAAACCAUGAUCACUGGUACCAAGACUACUUAAGAUACACUGAAAGAAGCAGCUUCCAGUUUCAUCGUCAAGAAGAACGAUUCCUUGAAUGCUCACCCCGGUUCAGUGGAGUUCCGCUUGAUGUUUAUAACAGGGAAACACAGAGCUAUCCUCAUCGGUACACUGGUGAAUCACCAGAAAGACGCCCUUUGCUUUAUCAAGAACCAUUCUCCGUACGCUCUUCUCAUGAAAUGUAUGGUUGGGAAGGACGAAGAUCAAUGUCUACAAGUACCAGCUUUCAUCAUUUGUACGUAGAAGAAUCACAAGAAGGAAGGUUGAUGAGGCAGAGCAACCUCAACAUUUACCAUCCACGCCACUGGUAA